GCUCGGGCCAGGUGUGGGCUUGGUGGCUGGUUACCGCCUUUUGCACCAGUGGCGGCUAGGAGGGGGGGUGGGCGCGCUUUCUUUUCUUUUUAGAAAGAAGGUUUGAGCCCAGGUUUCCCCUGCCGCCCUACCUCGCCGCCUCCCGACCCCCCCUUUCCCCCCUCCCCACCUAUCGUCAUGACGGCGUCUCCCGACUACUUGGUGGUGCUUUUUGGGAUCACCGCUGGGGCCACCGGGGCCAAGCUGGGCUCGGAUGAGAAGGAGCUGAUCCUGCUGGUGUGGAAAGUGGUGGAUCUGGCCAAUAGGAAGGUCGGACAGUUGCACGAAGUACUAGUCAGACCGGAUCAGUUGGAACUGACCGAGGAUUGCAAAGAAGAAACCAAGAUCGACGCCGAGAGCCUGGCGUCCGCGCCGCAGCUGGACCAAGCCCUCCGACAGUUUAACCAGUCAGUGAGCAAUGAACUGAAUAUUGGGGUAGGGACUUCCUUCUGUCUCUGUACUGAUGGGCAGCUUCAUGUCAGGCAAAUCCUACAUCCUGAGGCUUCCAAGAAGAAUGUAUUAUUGCCUGAAUGCUUCUAUUCGUUUUUUGAUCUUCGAAAAGAAUUUAAGAAAUGUUGCCCUGGUUCACCUGAUAUUGACAAAUUGGAUGUUGCAGCAAUGACAGAGUAUUUAAAUUUUGAGAAAAACAGUUCUGUCUCUCGAUAUGGAGCUUCUCAAGUUGAAGAUAUGGGGAAUAUAAUUCUAGCAAUGAUUUCAGAUCCUUAUAAUCACAGGUUUUCAGAUCCAGAGAGAGUAAAUUACAAAUUUGAAAGUGGCACUUGCAGCAAGAUGGAGCUCAUUGAUGACAACACCGUGGUCAGGGCUCGAGGUCUACCCUGGCAGUCUUCGGAUCAAGAUAUUGCAAGAUUUUUCAAAGGACUCAAUAUUGCCAAGGGAGGUGCUGCACUUUGUCUGAAUGCUCAAGGCCGAAGGAAUGGAGAAGCUCUGGUUAGGUUUGUAAGUGAAGAGCACAGAGACCUUGCACUGCAAAGGCACAAGCAUCACAUGGGGACGCGGUAUAUUGAGGUUUACAAAGCCACAGGUGAAGAUUUUCUUAAGAUUGCUGGUGGUACAUCAAAUGAGGUAGCUCAGUUUCUCUCCAAGGAAAAUCAAGUCAUUGUCCGAAUGAGGGGUCUCCCUUUCACGGCCACAGCUGAGGAAGUGGUGACUUUCUUUGGACAGCAUUGCCCCAUCACUGGGGGGAAGGAAGGCAUCCUCUUUGUCACCUACCCCGAUGGCAGGCCAACAGGGGAUGCUUUUGUCCUAUUUGCUUGUGAGGAGUAUGCACAGAAUGCAUUGAGGAAGCACAAAGACUUACUGGGUAAAAGAUACAUCGAACUCUUCAGAAGCACAGCAGCUGAAGUUCAGCAGGUGCUGAAUCGAUUUUCCUCGGCCCCUCUCAUUCCACUUCCAACCCCUCCUAUUAUUCCAGUACUACCUCAGCAAUUUGUGUCUCCUACAAAUAUUAGAGACUGUAUACGCCUUCGAGGUCUUCCCUAUGCAGCCACAAUUGAGGACAUUCUGGACUUCUUGGGGGAAUUCUCCACAGAUAUUCGAACUCAUGGGGUUCACAUGGUAUUGAAUCAUCAGGGCCGCCCAUCAGGAGAUGCCUUUAUCCAGAUGAAGUCUGCCGACAGAGCAUUUAUGGCUGCACAGAAGUGUCAUAAAAAAACCAUGAAGGACAGAUAUGUUGAAGUCUUUCAGUGUUCAGCUGAGGAGAUGAACUUUGUGUUAAUGGGGGGCACUUUAAAUCGAAAUGGCUUAUCCCCACCGCCAUGUAAGUUACCAUGCUUGUCUCCUCCCUCCUACACAUUUCCAGCUCCUGCAGCAGUAAUUCCUACGGAAGCUGCCAUUUAUCAGCCCUCUGUGCUUUUAAGUCCACGAGCUCUCCAGCCUUCCACAGCAUACUAUCCAGCGGGCACUCAGCUCUUCAUGAACUACACGGCGUACUACCCCAGCCCCCCAGGUUCGCCUAAUAGUCUUGGCUACUUCCCUACAGCUGCUAAUCUUAGCGGUGUCCCUCCACAGCCUGGCACGGUGGUCAGAAUGCAGGGCCUGGCCUACAAUACUGGAGUUAAGGAAAUUCUUAACUUCUUCCAAGGUUACCAGUAUGCAACCGAGGAUGGACUUGUACACACAAGUGACCAGGCCAGGACUCUACCCAAAGAAUGGGUUUGUAUUUAAGGGCCCCAGCAGUUAGACCAUCCUCAGAAAAGAAGUGUUUGAAAGAUGUAUGGUGAUCCUGAUACAAGACAGACACAAGAAAACGUCUAGCAACUUCAGGGGAAGUUUAUCUGUACUCAGGCUGCAGUAUUUUCAGCAAAAAUGAUUGGAUAAGGGUCCGUGCCCUAUCUUUUGGUGGAGUGAAAAAUUUGGAGCCAAUGAACCAAAUCCUUAGGAAGCAGCAUAUCUGGCUCCUUGCUGAUUGCAAAUAGGCAUUUGUAAUGUGAAUUUGAAAUCAGAUGGCACCACUACUUCCAGCUAAAGUGGCAUCAUAGGCAUUUCCUAAGAUUUAAGUAAUAUGGGGGGGGGGAAUCUACUUACACCAGUAGAGUCUGCCCUCUUGUUAUGAACUCUUAUUAUAGAAGCUUUAUUUUUGAGUUUUCCCACUCUUUUCUUGCCAUCUCUUUGUCUUCUGCACAAUCAUGCCCUCUUGCUAAAUAAGUAAUUCAAGAAUAUGGUCUUGAAAUACUUAAAUCAUAAAUUCAUGAAAAGAAAUAAAACUAUAAUAUU